GUGUCAUGUUGAUGAAUGCUCACACUGGAGAGUCAACAUGUCCACCGCCGCUGCUGCUCAACGGAACAACAACGAGGAGCCCGGCCUCCACGGUACGUACUGACGUCGGUUCUUCACCGUUCAGAGAGUUAACUGACGGGAAUCUGACGAAGCGUCUGUGUUUUUUUCCGAGUCUGCUCGGGUUCGAUGAUAAAAGUUACAUCGGUUUAGGUAUUUCCUCUUCUUUUGGGAGGGGUGGAGAUGAUAUUGUUUGACGUCACAACAAUCCAACCAAUGGUUUUGUAAUAAAGGUUUGAUUGACGGAACGGCAGCCAAUCAUGUACGCGACUCGGCGAAGGGCGGGGACGAGCCGAAAUGAAAACAAGUUUAGGACAAAGACGAAAAAAACGUCUUUUUGUUUUAAUUUAGAAAAGUUCACGAUGAUAUUUUAUAUCAGGAUGUUCUUCUGAGCUGACGGACUGUUUAUUAACCAGUCAGACAAAGAAACAGGAACUUAAUCUGAGAUGUAGAAGAAGAAGAAGACAAUGGUUGGAGGCUAACAGACCAAACAGAAACACAGAGUCAGACCUUCAGAGCUUCAGCUCCGUGUUCUCAGAUUUACUUCAUUUAGAGGUUAAAAAACCGAAGCUCGGUCAUAAAAACAUCAGAUUUAUAUAUUUAUGUGAGGAUCACAGCUGGAAUCACAGCGACAUGUCUGGACUAACACAGCAGCUUCAGUUAUGCAACCGGGAGAGGAGGAGCACACACACACACACACACACACACACACACACACACACACACACACACACACACACACACGCUGAUCACUUCUUUAAUAAAAUCGAGUAUAAAUCAAAAAGGUUUCCUGUCCCACUUUCACAUUCUGUUCUCAUUCACGCUACAUUACAUAAACCCCCCCCCCCCCCCCCCUUCUGCGUGGCUGUUUGCGGGGCAGUGGCACAAAGACACGCGCACGCUGCUGCUGCUGCUGCUGCUGCUGUCAUGGAUGCAGAGCACAGCGUGUUCAUGUGAAUGGAGGCUGUCAGGGGGCAGGAAAUGUGGGUCAGCUGUUUUCCUCUGAAAGGAAGCAGGGGUGUGUUUGUGUGUGUGUGUGUGUGUGAGUGUGUGUGUGUGUGUGUGUGUGUGUGUACUUGAACACACCAACCUUCAUCUCUUUUCUUCCUCUUGACCUUCUGCGGUGUUACAGGCUCUUGGGUCGAGCUGGAGCUGAACGGGAACACAGGAGCCCAGGGAUCUGCGCAGACCAACCCGCAGACGGCUCCGGCUGCAGACCAAGAGAAUGCAAACGCAGAUGAGAGUCAGACCAUGCAGACCUUAGAGGUGGUACCUGAGGGGGAUGAGACCCUCAUCGGAGGAUUAGAGCAUGUGCCGUCGUCUUCCUCCAUCCAUAACGGAGAUAUGGAGAAGAUCCUGCUGGAUGCUCAGCAUGAAUCCAGCCCCAGUAACUCGGCCUGUGACAGGUACGAAUCCAGGUCAGAGUCUGUCACACAAAUGUUUGGGGUUUACAGUUUUUUUCAUCCCGGUCUCUGAUUCAGUCCUCACAGGCCACCAAGUCCAGACCAGGAUGAAGAAGGUCAGAUCACUUUUGAUGUGGACAUGUCGAGCCCAAGAGGAAGUCAGGUGAAACAACGUCUAAUUAAACUGGAGCUGCUGUGUUUAUAUAUUUAUUUAUGAAUGUGGUCUGAAGACUAACUCCUCAUCUCCACACCUGCAGUCAGAGGAGGAGGGUCUGGACAAAGACGAGGACAUCUUAAUGAAUAAAGAAGUCGACUGGGUCGCUCAUUGGUCCAGCAGACCCGAAAACGUUCCACCAAAGUGAGUCCUCGGUCACGUCCAGGUUUCUUCACUCUCAGCUCUUCGUGACAGUCAGAUCAGAUGUUGAUUGGUUGUUUCUUCUCAGGGAGUUUCACUUCAGGCACCCCAGACGUUCGGUCUCUCUCAGUAUGAGGAAGAGCGGCGUCAUGAAGAAAGGAGGGAUCUUCUCGGCCGAAUUCCUCAAAGUCUUCAUCCCCUCCUUACUCAUCUCACACAUCCUCGCUCUGGGUCUUGGGUACGUCUGAAUUCGGGCUGUUUUAUUGGUUAUUUAUUUGUCCGUUAGUUUAUUCGGUCUGUCGUCAUGAACAUCAGCUGACCGUCUACUGGGAAAAAAAACACGUUCUCCUCUGGCCUGCAGCGUUUAUUCAGGGAGGAGGGCUUUUCUAAGUUCGGUGUUUUAGUGCUCAGUCUGUGCUGUGAGAGAAGGUCGCUGCAGGUCAGAGGACUGUCUGUGUGUCUGUGCACAGACAGUCUCAGGCUGUUUUUAUUUCUGUAAAUGAUGCCAGUCUGUCCAGGGUAAGUUCGGUUUUAUUCAGAAACAUGGAUUUGUAUUUAAUAAAUGUACCAGAGUGUCUCCUCCUCCUUUUAAUCAGUUUAAACAAACAUGUAAAGUCAGAAGAGACUCAGACGGCACAAGUUAUUCACUAAAAUAGGAUCAGAUUAAAACAUUAAUCACAUAUCAGCUUCUGAGACUGACCCCACACUGUUGUUUCUCUGCUCUUCCCUUUGUCCGUCACUGAGUUCCCAGUGUGUGUGUGUGUGUGUGUGUGUGUGUUUUUAUUCUUUAUUUUCCACCGUCUUGUUUCUCGUGAUGCAGCGAUAUGAUCUUUCUCACAGAAUUUUAGCCUGAGCUGAAAGUUGAUAACCAUGUUUUUUUCUUGACUUUGUUGUUUUUUGUGUCUUGUUUUUAAUAAGGUGAGUUUUUUUUAAUCUUAUUUUUAACACUAAAUGUUUCUUUCCCUCUUUAAAUUUCUAUAAAUAAUGAAAUCCUCACAGACUGAUAUUCCCAAUCAUUGAAAAAUAUCCAUCAGGAAACUCUGACUGCACUGAAAACUUCUCUGAAUUAUCAGUAAAAGCUUCAGAUGUCCAUCAGUAGACGGGGACAGGACGCUGCAGAGUCCAGAUAAACAUCAGCUGCUGACAGCAGUAACAGAGCAGAUAUUUGUCCAAACUGAUGUCGAACCUAAAACAUGAGAGCAUCCCCUGGAUUAGAUUGUUACCUUGUUGGACUUCAUUAUCCAUGAAAAUAUUAAUAAUAAUAGUUUUAGUUGUGUUCCUCUGGGCCUUUCUUUACUCCUCACACAGACGUCUGUACUGAUCUGAUCUCACAUGUCUGGACAUGCCCGACGUUGUUUUUGUGCAGGAAAAACAUGAAAAAUGAGAAUUUCAUAAAUCUCACAUGAAGAGGAUCUGACUGUCAGUGAACUUGUGAUUUCAGUUUUUGUCCUAAUUAUUAGAUAUCGAUCUAACCAGGUCAACAGCGACUCUAACACAAAAAGAAGUUCCUGACAAAGUCAAAAAGUUGAUGCAAAAAAGUGUGUCGGUGCGACACUAACACAGGAGGAGGGUUCAAUUAUGUAUAAAGCAGUCCUUACAUCCAUGUUGUGUUGGUGGUUUUAUUUCAUUGAUAAGUGUCAGGAUCAUGUGUCUGUAUCGUCCUUUUUCCAGCUGCUCCAAACUCAAACUGCCACGCUCUCUGUUUUCGUUUUUCAGUGUGUAUAUUGGCAAGAGGAUUGCCACAGCCCCCACCAGCUCCUACUGAACAGAAGUUGAAACAGUGCCUGGAUGUUCUUCUGUCUCUCCAAGUCUCCCCUCCAUCCUCCUGUAGUUGCGACGUCUCCCUGCAUCUCUUGUAAAACCAGUUCUCCUCCAAGCAGCAUUAAAUCCUGUCACAUUGUAGUUAUAGAGUGGUACACAUGACGUAACGUUGCCGCACUCCAUCACAUUUCAACACAGGGCGACUUUGUUCUAAGUCAUCAACUUGAAUCCAGUAGAUAACAGACCCUGGUCCAGAUUAGUCAUCCUCUCUAACUCCAAAACAGGACAAGGAUUUGAUGUCCGGUGGCUUCAGGGUUGAAGUUUUUCUACUUUUUUUGAUGUUUUGUCAAAAAGAAAUUUGGCCUUUCUCCCGAGCUGCAUCUCUCUGCUGCAGAGAGUAGGAACCAAAAACAUGCGCCAUACCUGAAACACCAACACACCGAAUUGGCUCUUGCAACAGCGGGGACUUAUUUCGCCUUAAUUUUUUUUAGUCACGAUUCAGGGUGCAGUGAUUUGGGGUGGGGGAGGGUUGGAGGGGCUUCAUGUUUCUGCACAAGUGGGAUUUGUUUUUGAAAUUCCACACGUUUCUGAGAGAGGACGUCUCAUCACGUCGACUCCUGAGGGUUUCCUAUAAAAGCUUUGUUUUUUUGAAGGUUGGAAAGCUUAAACACUGAUUUAGUAUGUAGCUGCGAAAUUUUACUAUGAGGUUGUUUGAAUACUUAUGCUAGAGGAAACUAGGCUGAACGGCUUUUUACCAGGCUAUAUGCUAUGAUAUUAUAUUUCCUUUUUGCCAACAUAUCGUUUUCUUUAACAUAGCAGCAAACGGCUCAGUGCCAAAUUUGUAUCUCUCACCGCUGCACAUUGGUGAUUUAUCUUAGACUGUUUUUAUUGUUUUCAGAUAUGUUUAGAUAUUUAAAGAUGUAGAUGUGAAAAUUAAUCGAAGCUGUGAUCUGCCCCCUGUACACCUUUUGACAUUGUAUAACUUGUUUAUACUUUAUAUUAAUGCAUAUUAUAUCAUCGUUAUGAUAUAGCAUUGUGGCAGUGUACGUCAUGUGUUUUUGCUGUUGUUUAAUUGCUGACGCUAAACGAUAAAAGACGUUUUUUUUUUUUUGGGCCUCGUUUCAAGAGUGUCAUCGGACUUUUAUCUAGAUCACACUGUGCAAUCAUUUCACAUGAUACAAUAAAAAGUGUACAGAGCGUGCAUAACUACCAGGAAACAGAGGAGAUGUGGUGUGUUUUGGUGUGUGAAUAACGUUUGUAUCGUAUACAGUGGCUGAGAUAUAAAUACAGAGAGAGUGGACAGAGCUGCGUAGAGCCUGAUGCAUAAUUUAAGACAUAAUAACCAAUAAAAUCACAUGUAAUCAUAAUGGGACUGUUCAUGAUGAUAAGUGACCAUUUUAAAGGAGAAGCCGAGACUUAAAUACAGCUGAUCUCACAAGUUUCUGAGCUGAUGUGUUAAAAAAUAAAUAUUACUGACAAACAAAAACAAUAUUAUUGAACUUAUUGAAUAUUUUAGUCGUAAAUGGAAAAUUAUCAGGCCCAGUAAAAUACUGCAGUAAGGAACUUCUGGAUUUCCAGCUUUCUGAGAUUUUUAUGUAAGACUGAAUAUAAAGCCAUUUUUCCAAUCAAUCAGUCAAUCAAUCAAUCAAACCUUAUUUUUAAAGCACUUUUCAUACACAGAAUGUAGCACAAAGAGCUGUCCAUUCGCGUAGGAUAUUAAAAAACAAUGAAAUAAAAUAAAUACCAAUACCAAACCCCACCCACCCACCCACCCUCCCAACCCCUGUUCAACACAUACAGCACUCACACACACGCACACACACACACACUAAAGACCAGGUUAGGACUCAACUUUCCACAGAUGACUGAGGAAACGCUGGUUCUAGGACUCAAACGAUAAAACCAUGAUAAAAUAUAAUAAAGGUGAUGAAGCAUUAAAAGUUAAUUAAUCAAAACAGUCUGAAAAUCAAACAAGAACAGAAAGUGAAUAAAUAUAGAGGUUAUAAAACACAAAAUAGUUACUCUAAGACUAAAAUAGGGUAAAAUCAUGUAAUGCAGAUUAAAAGAUUAAAACAAAAUUCAACUAAAGCCAGACUAAAAAGGUUGGUCUUUAGUUUACUUUAAAAAUAUGAAUAAAUAUUUCAGACACAUUUAAAUGUAAUAUAAAUGGUUAUCUUGUAUAGUAACAUGUUUUGGAUACAUUUUUAAUGAAUUGAGAAAAAUGGUAAAUAUUUGGAUGAUGCUGCAGAGAAAAUGACCGAUAAUUACAAAAUAAAACAGUAUAAUUUUGGGCAACAGUCUAGAGGGGAUGUAUAAAUUCAGGAUAGAUGUACAGCAGUAGCUGUUUCACUGUUUGAAUUUCCCUCUGGGAUUAAUAAAGUAUUUAUCAUCUA